AUGCAUGGCCUUGCUUCGACCAUCUGGUGCCGGCCUCCGGUCGCUGCGAGCGUAUUCCACACGAGGUUGCAUGGUGCCGGACAAAGCCUGCCGACUGGGUCGCCCGUUUGGAUAUCCAGAAUCUCGCCCACAUCGAGGCUUGCAAUAUGGACCUGCCUUGCCGGUCUUCGCACCCUCUGUAGACAGUCCACCUUGCAGAGAAGGGCUUCAAAUGCCAAGGCAAGUCUUGCAGCUGACGACCUAACGGCAAACGGAAUCCGGAGAGUGCACAUGGGAUCGACUCGUGAUCGAGGACGCUGCCUCCUUGCUACCGAGGAUGCUGAACCGGGCGAUGUCCUCAUCAGGGAGAAAGCUUCCUUCGUGCACGACAUGGGAAGCAACGUCUCGCAGCAAGGCGCUGAAGAGAUAUGGAUGCAGUUUCAUCAGCUACCCAGUGAGACCCAAGCUGCCAUUUUGGGCUUAUUCUGUCCGGAGCAGCCAGUCAGAGCUCUUGAAGACUCCCCGGGGUACAUGCUGGCUUCCGAUGACCAACGUCGGCUGCUUGGGAUCUUGAAGGUCAACAGCGUCAAGCUGAGAGGCCCUGGUGCGGGCGUUUUCCUGACGAUCAGUCGAGCGAACCACUCCUGUCGGCCCAACUGUGCCUUCGUCCUCAGUGAUGAUGCCACUUGUGGCUUGGUAGCCAUCCAAGAAAUCAAAGCCGACGAGGAGAUUACGGUCUCCUAUAUCUCCGAGAGCAACCUCCUACUCCCUAUUCUGCAGAGGCGGAGCGCGCUUCUUCGCCCCUGGCAGUUCACGUGCGCUUGUCCGCGCUGUGUGGGCGUCGAUGACACACGUGGCCUUCGCUGCUCUCUGUGUGGUCGUGGAGUACAGUGGGCUUCUGCUGAGUCUGACGAGUGGCAAGCCUGUGGUUCCUGCAAGGGACACAUGGACGAACAGGAGAUGAGGCGAUGUCUCAGCCGCUGGUGGUUGCGCUACAACGCAAUGGCGCCGCUUCAUGUGGAGGCAGAGCUGGCCGCUUGUGAGUUUCGCCGCGGGGGCGGGUGCCCGCCAGAGCGCAAGGAUCCUGACUGGAUGAGUGAAGUGGUUUCGCUUCACCGCUCCAUGCGUGAUUCGCCCGCUCCCGCGCCGGGUCUGGACACCCACUGGAUCGGGUCCAGCGUGGCAGCAUUUGCAGCGGAGGCCCACCUUUGGCGCGGCGAGCUCGAGGAGGCAGUUGCUGCAGCCACAGCCCGUGCCACUUUUGUAAAGAGGGUGCUGCAAGCGGACACCCUUGGACUGAAGAAGGUGGAGGCGACCCGUGAGCUUGCUCGCCGCAUGAAGGAGGAAGAGCUCUGA